AUGUCUCCUGAGCAGGGACUUCAGGUGGCACUGGAACAAGCCAGAGCCAAAUAUAUCCAGCAGAACCCCGAAUCAAAGAAGCUGCAUACCCAGGCAUUGGAAUUUCUCCCAGGAGGUAAUACAAGAGCAGUAUUGCAUGCGGACCCAUUCCCAUUGUACAUGAAGGCUGGGCACGGAUACCAAGUCACCUCUGAAGAUGACAAGAUAUAUACCGACUUUACUGGGGAGUUCACCGCUGCCCUCUACGGCCACUCGUCCCCCCUCAUCAAAGACACUAUCAUCAGUGUCGUUCACAACGUCGGUCUCAACCUCAGCGGCACCAUAUCCGCCGAGCAAGCUCUCGCCAGCGCCAUAUGUGCACGCUUCAACAUUUCGAAAUUGCGCUUCACAAACUCUGGCACCGAGGCUAAUCUGCAAGCCCUCGCUGCUGCGAGGCACUUUACCAAGAAGCGCAAGGUUGUAGUCUUUGGCGGUGCAUACCACGGCGGCGUCCUGGGUUUCGCCGGUGGCAAACCAGCCGCUAAUAAUGUUGACGUUGACGAUUGGGUUGUUGCCAAGUACAACGACAUUGAAAGUGCGACGAGGGCUAUUCAGAGUGAUGGCGUGGCAGCGGUUCUGAUGGAAGGCAUGCAAGGGGCUGGAGGUUGUAUUGUCGGGACUCCCGACUUCUUGAAGGGUGUUGAAGAGGCUGCCAAGAAGGCCGGCGUUCUCUUCAUCCUAGAUGAAGUCAUGACAUCCCGAAUGUCUGCCCAUGGUCUGUCGUCCAUUCGAAGUAUCACCCCGGACCUCAAGACGUUUGGCAAGUGGCUUGGCGGCGGCAUCACGUUUGGCGCUUUUGGUGGCCGAGCAGAUAUCAUGGCUGCGUACGACCCUUCCAGACCCGAUGCUCUCCCUCAUUCUGGCACUUUUAACAACAACACUCUUGCCAUGCACACUGGAUAUACUGGUCUUACACAGAUCUAUACGCCAUCUGUUGCCAAUGAGUUUACUCAGCUAGGGAGUGAGUUUAUAAGGCGCCUGAAUGAUGUGAGCAAGGGCACCAUACUUUGCUUCACGGGACUGGGAACCGUCAUGACGGCUCAUUUUCCAGUGUAUGGAGAAAAAGAUAUUCACGAUGCGGCUGAUGUCGAAGAGAGUGCCGAGUUGAAGGAGUUGUUCUGGUUGGAAAUGCUGGAGAGUGGUUUUUGGUUAGCGAGGCGAGGGUUGAUUGCUUUGAUUUUGGAUACACCAGAGAGUGAGUUGGAUAGGUUUGUGGGUGUUGUCAGUGAGUUUGUCUCAAGGAAUGCAGCCUUUCUGAAGCCGAGGGCAAGGUAG